AUGGCUUUCAUGGUAAAACACAUGGUAGGAGGACAGCUGAAGAACCUAACAGGCGGACUGACGGAGGAGAAACCCGAAGCAGAGAAAUCGGACGCCGCCGCGCAGGGGAUGACUCAAGAGGAAUUUGAACAAUAUCAGCAACAGUUAGAGGAGGAAAAACAAGAACGAGAAGCCAAUUUUGCCCAGAAGAAAGCUGAGAGAGCCACCAUUAGAAGUCAUUUCCGGGACAAGUACAGACUACCAAAGAACGAAUUAGACGAGACCCAGAUUCAGCAGGCGGGGGACGAUGUGGUGUUGCCCACAGAGCUGGCCAAGAUGAUCGCUGAGGACAACCAGGAGGAAGCGCACAAGCAGUCGGUGUUGGGCCAGCUGUCCAACAUCCAGAACGUGGACAUCGACCAGCUGAAAGACAAAGCCCAGGCCACACUGGACGACCUCAAAAAGCAGACAGAGAAUUGCAGUCUCAUGUGAUCUGGCCAACUCUAAGUCCCAGAAGAUUAGAGUUUUACUUGUACAAAUAUUUUUCAAAGGCAGAGCUGCUCUGGAGGUAAACAUAUUCUUAUUGCUUUAGUGGAAUGCCAGUUGGCAGUGCCACAUAACAGUUUUUCUAGCUGCGCAAAGUUAGACAAGAGGCCCUGCAGGAAAGAAAGUAAAAGAUGAGGAAGCUGAAAUCUGAGGCUCGUCUUACUUACUGGAAAGAAAGAAUUCUUGCCAUAGCGUCAUCGAGGUGAGCUAGUUUAGUUAGCUUUCCUGUCACCUUCGAAUAUCCUAAGAGUCAUGAAUGUCAUCCAUAUUUUUUUAUUGGAAUUAGCUAACUCGCACUCUGAAAGACUUAUUUGGCUCUUCCCAUUGAGAUUUAACCAAUGAGAUUAUUUCCGCCUUUAGAGCAACUCCUCCUCGGAGAAAUAUUCAUCCAUUAAAUCCUUUGCUUCCUUCAUUCCCUAACCUCCCUCACUCUCUGUACCUCACAUGACCAGUGAUAACACAAUAGGAUUC